AUGCCUGGGUAUGCUAAGUUUAUGAAAGACCUGGUGACAAAGAAGAAAGCAGUGAGAUAUGAACCAGUAGAUAACCUUCAACAUUGUGGCGCUAUUUUAAUAAGGUCUUUGGUGCAAAAGAAGGCGGACCCAGGAGCAUUCACUAUUCUUUGCAUUAUCGGGUCUCUUGAUUUUGCUAAAGCUUUAUGUGAUCUGGGAGCAAGUAUUAACCUGAUGCCAUUUGUUGGUUAUAAAAAGUUGGGUUUGAAGGAUCCUACACCCACAAGCAUGCUACUAGUGAUGGCAGAUAGAUCGGUAAAGCGGCCAGUGGAUUGUGAGGUGGAUUUCAAGGUGCCCGUAAUCUUGGGUCGACCUUUCCUUGCAACUGGAAGCGUACUUAUUAAUUUGCGAGCUAAUGAGCUCUUGUUUAGGCUUAAUGAUGAAGUAGUUUGGUUUGAUGUGUGUCAAUCUAUGAAGCAAGACAAGGAAAUAAGUGUGUUCUUUAUUGUGGAUGUUUAUUAUGAGAAUGAGCAAGAAGUGCCGACAGAGAAGAAAUUUGUUAUUGAGCCUUUGGCUGUAGUCUUGAUGAAUUUUAAUAGCAAAGGCAUUGAAGAGUAUGAGGAGACUGUGUGUGCCUUGACUGGAAUGGGAUCAUAUUCUUAUGCUCCCAAGAAGCUGGAUCUAGAUCUUAAAAAUCACCCAACACCACCGGCUAAGUCAUCUAUUGAAGAGCCACCGGUGUUGGAGUUGAAGGAAUUUCCAGGCUAUCUACGGUAUGUGUUUCUAGGUAGUGGAAACACUUUACCUAUGAUUAUUACAGCAAAUCUAGGUAAGCAGCAAGUGGAAACACUUAUCUCAGCACUCCAGAGGUACCAAAAGGCAAUAGGCUCGACUAUUGCGGUUAUUAUUGGCAUUCCUUCAAGCAUUUGUACUUACAAAUUUAGCUUGAGAAUGACUGUACCCUGA